UUAAUCGUCGAGCUCAGCAGUACCGGUGUCGGGUGCUCCAUCGAUGGCCGUACAGUGAACAGCAUCAGCUAUGCGGACGAUAUGGUGCUGCUGAGUCCUUCGGCCGCCGCUCUGAGACGACUGAUCUUGAUAUGUGAGGAAUAUGCCAGUGCUCAUGGCCUUAUCUACAAUGUCCGCAAGAGCGAGCUAAUGGUAUUCCAAGCCAGGGGUCGCAAGAUAGAACAUGUUCCUCCUAUCAAAUUAAAUGAUGUUGCCUUACUAAGGGUGUCGUCCUUCAAAUAUCUCGGACAUGUUGUAACUGAGGACAUGAAGGACGACAAUGACAUUGAAAGGGAGCGAAGGGCGAUGGCUGUCCGCUGUAACAUGCUGGCGCGCAGAUUCUCGCGAUGUAGUACAGGUGUAAAAAUCAUGCUCUUUAAGACGUAUUGCCAAACUUUGUACACGUGUAAUCUGUGGGUUAGCUACACGCAGCGGGCUCUCAGCGCCCUUCGUGUACAAUACAACAAUAGCCUUAGGAUGCUGCUGGGGCUUCCCCGCCACUGUAGCGCAUCCGAGAUGUUUGCGCAUGCGCACACUGACGGCUUUAACGCCGUGCUGCGCAAACGGAUAGCUUCGCUUUUACGCAGAGUGCGGGACAGCCCCAACACCAUACUAAGAGGUCUUAGCGACAAGUUUGACUGCCCGAUUGUGCGACACUGGGUGCGUGCACACGUCCACAUGACCGGCGACAGACUGCCUUGAUUAUUAGUCUCUUUUAGUAUUUAUGUGGGUGUAAUGUUUUUUCCUAAAAUUAAUGUUUUUUUUCUUUUCUCCAUUAUGUGUUAUCUAAUGAUGCACGAAAUAAAUAAAUAAAUA